GUGUGAUCGGAGGAGAAGCGGUGCCAAGGUGGCAUUAUCGACGUGGCUCUGGGCCAAGAAGGUCGGAGCGCCAGCUUCGCACUGGCGCCGGGAGUCUGGGAAGUUCGGACGGACCCGUGGCGCUGGCGACCCAAGGUGUAGCCUUCGACCUCGGCGACGCUCGAGCGAGGCUUCCUAGACCUGCUGCAGCCUUCCACGGCGCUGCCGGACACUCCAGGAAUUUGACCCCCCUUCUUCGGCAGACCAGCACGGACGAUAGUCCCCUUGGCUUCUCGUCGGCACACGGAGAGGUAGCGGCGGAGCCCGGUGUUAGGCCUAGCCAGGCAGGCCUGUGUGACACGUCACCUUAGUUCGGGACGCUGGUGUCCGAGACGGAGGAGCUGGCCGGCCGAUACCAAAGAAGCAAAACUUGCGGAGUCGGCGCGAGCACCGACUGGGAGCAAGGGCCGACGCACAUCGGACUUGGAGAUGCGUACCACGACUGACCCUCGCUCAUGGCUGGUCCAGUGGAAGCUGUCGCGGCAAUCGAGAAGGACGCGUUGCUGCCGCUGUGGACUGUGCUGGGAAUCGUGACUGGGGCGCUGCUGAUCUCACUGCUUGUCAAGUUAUACACGGUGUUGACCAUCGGCAAAUGCUCCUCCGACGUCGACAUGGCAGGAAAGACAAUCAUCAUAACUGGAGCCAACACAGGCAUCGGCAAGGAGACCGCGCGCGAGCUUGCGCGGCGCAACGCGCGAGUCAUUCUGGCUUGUCGUAACCCUGUCAAAGCCAAGGAGGCCGCGGAUGACAUCCACGCCUCGACGGGCCGCAGCGUGGUGCUCAUGCAGCUCGACCUCUGCUCUCUGAACUCGGUGCGGCAGUUCGCCCGCCACGUGCUCGCCACGGAGCCACGUCUGGACGUCCUCAUCCUCAACGCCGGCAUGAUGUCGCCUCCGAAUAGAGAGGAGACCGAGGACGGCUUCGAGGCCACUUUCCAAGCAAAUCACCUCGGGCAUUUCCUGCUCACACAUCUUUUACUUGACCUGCUGAGGAAGAGCAAGCCGAGCCGCGUGGUGGUCGUCGGCUCGUGCGGCCAGGUGGCCGGUCGGCUGAACACGGAGGACCUGAGCUUCGGCCGCUACUGGUUCCCGCUGCUCAACUAUUGCACCACCAAGCAGUGCAACAUGCUCUUCACCGUCGAGCUCAGCAGGAAGCUCACGGGAUCCGGUACGCCGUCACUGGACCGAGUCGACCGCUAUGUCCAACUUAUGAUCAUUUGCUUCCAUAACUUUGCAUGCAUACCUGGCGUUUCAGUGAAAACGGACUGGGCAAAGGAACCGUUCGAACCCAACUGGAACAAAGUGUCGGUGGCGACGUCGAGCCCUCGACAUGAGAUGCAAGCCCAACGGGAACGAUGUGCACCGGAAGAAGCUAUCUCGAACCUGCCUAGCCCUAACACCGAUUCGCAGGGAGGCUUCGCCGUCGACAGUCAUCCCGCAGACAUAAAACUUCGCAAGAGACAAUCGAGUGAGUCUGGUGUAACAGUAAACUGCUGUCACCCUGGCUUCGUGCGCUCGGAAAUCGCUGUUCGCAGCAGCGAUAUUCAGACGUGGCUAUUCAACUUGCUGCUAAACUUCUACGGCAAGAGCGUCAAAGAAGGCGCAGAGACCACAGUGUACCUUGCCGUUUCCGAGGAAGUUGAGAACGUGAGCGGGAAGUACUUCAAAGACUGCGCCCCCACCUUUGCUGUGCCGUGGGCUACGAACGCGGCCGCGGCAAAGAAGCUGUACGAGGAGUCCAUCAGAAUGACGCAGAUCAAGGAAGUCAUCUGAAAGACUGUGUGUGGAGGACAUCUCAACGCUUGAAGAAAGCGGGACUUUCUUGUCUGCUGCGUUUAUUCAGUCAUCCUGAACUUCCUCCUGUGGGGAGGAGGGACAGCGCUGACCAGCUUUGACCCGCAGGAACAGCUGGUCCAAUGGGCACGCGGAGCGGUGGCCAACGAGGCCCUGAGCUUUAAGGGCUUCGAGGAAGAUGCCUCACGCAAGCAUAAAUAAAUGUUUCUCUCUCUCA